AUGCAUCAAACGCAGAAAGCCCUCCUUCUCGAUAGGAAAUUCGGCAACUUCGUCGUUGGCGAUACCGAGAAGUACAAGCCUGGUCCGGGGGAGAUCCUGAUCAAAGUCCACUCGGUAGCGCUGAACCCGGCGGACUGGAAGAUACAGAAAUCUGGCCUUUUCAUCGAAGAGUUUCCUGCGAUACUGGGGAUUGACAUUGCUGGAGAAGUCGUGGAACUAGGCACGGGUGUCACGGAACACAAGCUAAGCGAUCGAGUGUCCUGCCAAAGUCAAUGGGAGAAAGACAAGGCAGGCUUUCAGCAGCAUGCUGUUUCUUUGGCGGUGACGGCAGCGAAGAUCCCUCCCAAUAUCUCCUACGACGAGGCCGCAACGUUGCCUAUUGCUGUUUCAACCGCUUACCUUGGGUUAUACAACCAGAAACCGCACGGCGCCGGUUUCUCUCCGCCCCUCUCGUCAGCCGACGAAGGGAAAUAUGCCGGGGUACCCAUCAUCGUGCUCGGCGGAGCCAGCUCCGUUGCCUCCCUCAAGCAUACCGAUUUCCUGAAGUCGCUCGGAGCGACAUACGUUUUUGAUCGUAACCUCUCGUUUGACACGCUCCGGACUGAGGCCACACAGACAAUAGGUUUGGACCUGGUCGCCCCUGAUGGAACGCUUGUAAUUGUUCUUAAUCCGGAGGUGAAGUCGAAGGACGGAAAGCUGGUCGUCCCUUUUCUUGCAGGGCUGAGGAUGCCGCAGAACCUCGAGCUGUUGGAGACGUUAUAUCACGAGAAGAUCACUGGGUUCUUGGAACGAGGGCUGAUCAAGAUCCUUUGA